UCAGACCGCGGCAACUCCUACGUCGUGGAGCUCCCGGACGAGGAGAGGGUGGCGUGGAUCUGGAUGCUGCUGCUGGCGUUCGCCGUGCCCGAGCUCGGCACCCUGUUCCGCUCCGUCCGCAUCUGCUUCUUCAAGUCGUGGCGCCGGCCGCCCUUCCUCGACUUCGCGCUCGUCUUCCUCAUGGAGACGUUCCACGCGGCCGGCACGGGCCUGCUCGUGUUCGCCAUCAUGCCCGAGAUGGACGUGGUGAAGGGCGCCAUGCUGACCAACAGCCUGUGCCUCGUGCCCGGCGUCCUGGGCAUGCUGUCCCGCACCAACAAGGAGGGCCAGCGCUUCGUCAAGGUGCUCGUCGACCUGGGCGCCAUCGUCGCGCAGUGCACCGGGCUGGUGGUGUGGCCGCUGCUGCAGCCGGGCAACGCCACGCUCUGGACCAUCCCCGUCGCGGUGCUCUGCAUCUCGUGCGGCUGGUGGGAGAACUACGUCAACAAGCAGUCGCCCAUCGGCUUCAUCAAGACCCUGGGUCGCGUCAAGGAACGACUAAAACGCACCCGCUACUUCACGUACAUGUUCAUCUCGGUGUGGAAGAUCAUCGUCAUGUUCACCAUGAUGCUGCUCGUCGUCUUGUUCAAGUACGGGAACGUGUCGCACCUGUUCAACCUGCUUCCCAAGGCCCUGUCCGAACACCAGAUCACCGUCUCCGAGGUGAAGAUCCUGGGCACAAACACCCCCGUGGACCUGCUGUCCGAACUGAACCCCACCGGCGACACCGAGUUCGAGAACUCCGCUCACAAGUUCGCCCUGUACACCUGCAUGGUCCAGGUGUUCGCUGCCUACAUUUGCUACAUUUUCGGCAAGUUCGCGUGCAAGAUCAUGAUCCAGGGCUUCAGCUACGCCUUCCCCGUCAGCCUGACGGUGCCCGUCACCAUCUCGCUGGUGAUCGCGGCCUGCGGCCUGCGCAAGGACGACCCCUGCUACUUCGGCUCCUUCAUGCCGCACUACAUCUUCUUCGAGUCGCCGCCGCUGGACCUGCUCAACCAGUUCGUGUUCCAGCAGCACGCCUGGAUCUGGCUGCUCUGGCUGCUCUCGCAGACCUGGAUCACGCUGCACAUCUGGACGCCCAAGUGCGAGCGUCUGGCGACGACGGAGAAGCUGUUCGUCACGCCCAUGUACCAAGGCCUCCUCAUCGACCAGUCCAUGGCCAUGAACAGACGGCGCGACGACGAGGCCGACGUCAAGACGGAGGACCUGACGGAGCUGGAGAAGGGCGUGGACGAGUACUACGAGACCAUCUCCAUCCACACGGACGCGAGUGGCUCGACGCCGGGCAAGAGCGUCAAGUCCUCGGACUACAUCACGCGCAUCUACGCCUGCUGCACCAUGUGGCACGAGACCAAGGAGGAGAUGAUGGAGAUGCUCAAGUCCAUCCUGCGCAUGGACGAGGACCAGUGCGCGCGGCGCGUCGCCCAGAAGUACCUGCGCGUCGUGGACCCCGACUAC